AUGAUCAAGAACCUGCUUGUUUUUGGAGGAAAUGGAUUCUUAGGUCGUCGUAUUUGCCAAACCGCAGUAGAAAAUGGCUUCGAGGUGACUUCUUUGACUCGAUCAGGAACAGCUCCUAAGGCAAAAGCUCUAUGGGAAAAAAAGUGGAUAGACCAAGUGAAAUGGCGUCAAUGCGAUGUGUUGGAUCCCAAAACUUAUUCUCAAUACCUGCAAAAUGCAAACAAUGUGGUUCAUAGUAUCGGUAUUCUGCUGGAAGACUCUAGUUAUAAAACGCAACUUAGCGGAAACUUAGCGUUCGAUGCCAAAAAACUGUUGAAAUGGGGUCCCAACCCCAUGAAAAGUAAUCCUAAUUUCACCUACGACGUUAUGAAUAGACAAAGCGCCCUUACGCUUGCUCAAGAGCUCACUAACUUCCAGAAUAGUGCAUCUGAAGGUGGCCAAAGGAAAACUAUGACCUACAUUUCAGCAGAUAGGUCCUUUCCAGGUAUUCCAAAGGGCUACAUCGAGUCCAAAAGAGCGGCAGAAGUAGGUAUCAUGAGACUGGAGAAGCAAUUGAGACCUAUUUUAAUGCGUCCGGGAUUUAUGUUCGACGAGCUCGACGCAUCUGUAGGAAAAUUGGACCCCAGAACGCAAAUCAAGCAUUUACUUGACUUUGCCAAUUGGGGUAAUAGCUGGAUACUAGGUCGCAAAAUCAACUGCGUCAACCAGCUCAUAAGACCUAGUGUGUCUACUCAACAAGUGAGCAGAGCGUUGAUACAAAAAAUCGAAGAUCCCACGUUUGAGGGUGUGGUAAGCUUGGAGCAAAUAAUCAAAGCCUGA